AUGAGUGACAACGAAGCAGCAAAGAGUCCAGACGAUGAAUAUAAAAAGAAGCCACAAUGCGGUGGGGUUGAAAACGAUGAAGAAAUAAUCGAAAAAUUAGAAACUUACCGUUCAAUCCUUAAACUGAGUGAAGCAAAAAUAAAAGAAUUUAAUAGAAUAAAUAAAUUGAUUGGAAGAGAUGAAUUUAAUAAAGAUGAAUUUUUAAACUCAAUCCAAAUUUAA